AUGACAUCAAAUAGUCAAGAAUUGGCGUUGCUGAAAGGGCUCUUGCAGUCUUACCCAUCGAUGCAAGAUAAGGUCCCCACUGACUCAACCAACUUCAAAGAGGUGGAGAAAAAUAUCGAGACUGAAAUCUCAAGUAUCACCGAGACAAGUUCCCGUACCCAAUCAGUCAACCCAUUUGUUGACCCGGCAACUGCUCAAUACUACAGAGAACUAUACGAGAAAACAAACUACGAGUGCCGUUCUGCAUUCGACCCAGAUUUUGAAUGGACAGAAACGGAAGAAAAGAAAGUCGUCCGCAAAUUGAAUGUUCGAGUUGCCCUCGCAGCCUGUCUCAUGUUUGUUGCUUUGCAAAUCGACAGAACCAAUCUUCACCAAGCCAUCACUGACAACUUCUUGCCUGAUUUGGGUCUCAACACAAAUGACUACAAUACAGGGAACACAAUCUUUUAUGUCUGCUUCUUAUUGGCUGAAAUCCCAUCCCAAAUGAUCUCAAAACGACUCGGACCUGAUAUUUUCAUCCCAAUUCAAAUUUGCGCUUGGAGUAUCGUGGCUAUGUGCCAAGUUGCACUUAGUGGCAAAGCAUCAUUUUACAUAACUAGGGGAUUGAUUGGUGCUAUUGAAGGUGGAUUCAUUGCUGACUUGGUAUUGUGGUUGAGUUACUUCUUCACCAGCAAGGAGUUGUCCAUCAGAUUGUCGUGGUUCUGGUCCACAUUGACAAUCACUCAAAUUUGUAUUGCCCUUGCUGCAUUUGGAAUCUUGCGGUUGAGAGGAGUGUUUGGAUAUCCAGGAUGGGCCCAUCUUUUCCUUUGGGAAGGUUUGUUUACUUUAUUAAUUGGUAUGGGCUCCUUCUACAUGAUGGUUCCCUCGGCACUCCAAACCAAAAACUGGAUGCAUCCAAAGGGGUGGUUCACCGAUCGUGAGGAAAAGAUCGUCGUCAAUCGUAUCUUGCGUGAUGAUCCAACCAAGGGCACAAUGCACAAUCGACAGGCAAUCUCAUUGAAGAUGUUGUGGGUAUGUCUUUCCGACUAUGAUUUAUGGCCAUUGUACGCAAUUGGAUUGUUGGCAUACAUUGGUCAUUUUACAUUUGGAUCGUAUUUCACAUUGAUGACUAGAGAGCUUGGGUUUAAUACGUUUGACACCAACUUGUUGACCAUCCCAGCUUAUUUCCUAUACAUUUGCAAUCUUCUUGGAAUCACUUGGUUAUCAGAAAAAUUAAAUGACAGAUCGUAUAUCUCGUUGAUAGCCCCAGUGUAUGGUGCAAUAACUUUGGGAGUUGUUAGGUUUUGGCCCGGAAGUGGUAUCAAGGUGUGGGAGAGCUUUGCGUUGAAUACAAUAUACUACGCGAUCCCGUAUAUCCACGCCAUCCUUGUGUCUUGGGUAUCAAGAAACUCCAACUCGGUUAGAACAAGAUCCAUUUGCUCCGCAAUGUACAACAUGUCGGUUCAAAUGGGUGCGAUUAUAGCCCAGAACGUAUUUAGAGAAGAUGAUCGGCCGUUGUACAGAAGGGGGCUUUUGCAAUUGUGGUUUGUCACCUUGGCUGCAAUACCGUUGCUUUUGUUGACCAAGUUUUAUUAUGUGUGGAGAAAUAAGUCCAAGGCAAAGAUUUGGGAUAUGAUGUCUGAAGACGAAAAAAUGAACUAUAUUUGCAACACAACUGAUGAUGGGAACAAGAGAUUGGAUUUUAGGUUUGCUCAUUAA